GUGUGACUGACUUUCACCAAGUAGAACAAUCAACAAGAUCACCAUAAAGGCUUUACCAACACCAGGCCAGUAAAGUGACCACUGAAAACCAUUCCCAAAUUUGUGAUCAAUGGACCCAAGUUUAGGGAAAGGAACUCCUUUGGUCUACAAAAAUGGUUUGUGUCCCAGUCUCUAAUUUCCUCCUUCUCAGAUACUCUGGUCUCCACCCAAGGGACAAUAUUCGGUGAGAUGCAGUCAUUUUGUUGGUCAGCAGGAGCUCAGAAGCAAGAAAAUAUCAUAGUGGUAGAAUGCAGCAUCAUCCUCCUCAAUAGCAGCCCAUCGCUGGAAGCUUCCAGAUCAUUGUGCCGAUCGAGUGGAGGAGGGACUUUCCUUUAGAGAACCUUAUGUGAACCUUAUUGAGAAACUUGCCAACUUGCUUGUUCGAUUUUUUAGCCUUACUAUUUCUGAUACUUAGGUGCUGUCUCUUAGAGAGCCUGAAACAGCCAAGAUAUGACUCAGGCCAUGGAGGAAUCUGUAGCCUUACUCAAAUACAAAUAUGCCUGGAAAGUGCAAGUCAAACUAACUUAGGUCAUUGACAGAAAACAGAAGAUUUCAUGAGCUUGGAACCACUAGAGUGAUCUGCCAAGGCCAGAAGGUUAGACAGAAGAAAACAGAGAGACUUUUGGAGAUAUUAACCUGACUCUAAGCAUGCUGAACAUGGAAGAUAAUAUUAGCAAGGAAGACAUUUAUGGUCAUCUCACUUCCGUUAUUCAGAACAGUGAUAUCUUAGAUGAUGCAAUUGUCCAACGAUUGAUUUAUUAUGCUUCUAAGGACAUGAGAGACAACAAUAUCCUCAGAGAAACCAGAAUGCUGGCUGGUGAGGUUUUGGUGUCUCUUGCUGCACAUGAUUUCAACUCUGUGAUGUAUGAAGUACAAAGUAACUUCAGGAUACUGGAGCUACCAGAUGAAUUCAUUGUGCUUGCCCUGGCUGAACUGGCAACCAGCUACGUGUCCCAGAGUAUUCCCUUCAUGAUGAUGACUCUGCUAACCAUGCAAACCAUGCUUAGGCUGGCUGAUGAGGAAAGGAUGAAGGGAGUCUUUUGUCUUGCCCUUGAGAAAUUCAGCAAGGCCAUUUACAAGUAUGUCAACCACUGGAGAGACUUCCCUUAUCCAAGAUUGGAUGCCAACCGACUCUCUGACAAGAUCUUCAUGCUGUUCCGGUAUAUAAUGGAGAAGUGGGCCCCCAUUACCUCAUCUGUGCAAACGUUGGCCAUCAUUAAGGCGCAUGGCCCCACAGUGAGCCUGCUGCUGCAUCGAGAAGACCUCUGUGAAUAUGCCCUGGACCAGGUACCCUGGCUCCUGAACCAGUAUAAAGACAAAGAAAUUGAUUUCCACAUCACUCAGAGUCUAAAACAAAUACUGACCGCGGUGGUCCUUUAUGACACUGCCCUUCCAAAGGACUUGAGAAAAACCAUCUUCAUCAAUUUACUCAACCAGGUGUGCAGACUUCCAGAGCCUCCAGUAAAGGAAAAUGAACUUGAAGCUUCAAGCUGUUUCCUCAUUCUAGCCCAUUCCAACCCUGCAGACCUGGUGGAAUUUUUUGAUGAACAAAUGAGAAGUAAUAAUGAAACCACUCGAAUGGGAAUCUUGACUUUGUUAAGAUCGGCUAUCAAUGCUGAGGAGCCCAAGUUGCGGGAUCACAUCACUUCAAUUGAAAGAACAGUCAAAGUCGUCAUGAGUGACCUCAACAUAAAAGUAAGGAAUUCCACUCUCCUCCUCAUCCAAACCAUGUGUGAGAAAUGCUACAUUGAAGCCCGGGAAGGAUGGCCACUGAUUGAUUAUAUCUUCUCCCAGUUUGCCAUGUCCAACAAGAACCUGGAAAAGCCAAUGAAACCCAACUCCCUUAAGGAUGAAAAGGGAGAGAAAUCUGUCCGGGAAAUAAGCCUCGAGGUCUUAAAAACCCUAGACCCUUUGGUCAUUGGAAUGCCCCAGGUGUUAUGGCCAAGAAUCCUGACUUUUGUAGUACCUGCAGAAUAUACAGGAACUCUGGACUACCUGUUUAAUAUCAUCAGAAGUUUGAUUAUGGCAGAGGAGAGGAAGAAGAAUGAUGCCAAAGAGUCAACAGCACUUGUCAUCUCUACAGGAGCUGUGAAACUUCCUUCACCACAACAGCUAUUGGCCAGACUUCUGGUAAUAUCUAUACUUGCCAGUUUAGGGAAAUUACGUGGGGCUGGUGCAAUAGGACUUUUGAAGAUACUGCCUGAGAUAAUUCACCCAAAAUUGGUAGACCUGUGGAAAACACGCUUUCCUGAGCUUCUGCAGUCUCUGGAAGGAAAGAACACCAGCAUCAUUCUAUGGGAAACCAUGCUGCUUCAGUUGCUCAAAGAAUCCUUAUGGAAGAUAGGUGAUGUAGCCUGGACCAUUCAACUGAGUCAAGAUUUCAAUGAGCAAAUGGACAGUUACAGCAACAUCUCCCUUGAAAAGAAAUUCCUUUGGAAAGCCUUGGGAACCACCUUAGCAUCUUGUCAAGAUAAAAACUUUGUAAGCUCACAGAUUAAGGAAUUUCUGAUUGCUCCCAACCAACUGGGAGAUCAGCGACAGGGAAUAACAUCUAUUUUAGGAUACUGUGCUGAGAGCCACUUGGAUACUGUUUUAAAAGUCCUUAAAACAUUCCAAGAUCGGGAAAAGUUUUUCAUGAAUCGAUGUAAGGGUCUUUUUUCUGGGAAAAAGAGCCUGACCAAGACUGAUGUCAUGGUAAUCUAUGGAGCCGUGGCCCUGCAUGCUCCCAAGGUUCAACUCCUCACCAGACUUGAUCAAGACAUUGUUUCCCAAGUCUUAUUUCUUUAUGGCCAGUGCUCUCAGGUUCUGGGCAUGUCUGUGAUGAGCAAGGACAUGGAUCUGCAAAUGAGUUUCACAAGAAGUAUCACUGAGAUUGGUAUUGCUGUCCUUGAUGCUGAGGAUCAGGGAUUCAAGUUCUCCUACAAGGAGGUGCUGCUGGGUUACAUGCUGGACUUCAUCAGGGAUGAGCCCUUGGACUCCUUAGCUAGUCCUGUUCGGUGGAAAGCCUUAAUCGCCAUCAGAUACCUCAGUAAACUGAACCCUCAGCUCUCACUAAAUGACCACCUAAAUAUUCUUGAAGAGAAUAUUCGCAGGCUGCUUCCCCUUCCACCUCUGGAAAAACUCAAAGAUGAAGGCGAGACAGACAAGGACAAGGAACACAUUAAUUUUCUCUACGAACGAUCCAUGGAUGCUCUAGGAAGGCUGCUGAGGACCAUGAUGUGGGAUAAUGUAAAAGCAGAGGACUGUCAAGAAAUGUUCAAUCUUCUCCGAAUGUGGCUCGUUUCACAAAAAGAUUGGGAAAGAGAAAGAGCCUUCCAGAUCACUGCAAAAGUGCUGACAAAUGAUAUUGAGGCACCAGAAAACUUUAAAAUCGGUUCACUCCUCGGCCUCCUGGCUCCUCACUCCUGUGACACUCUGCCUACCAUCCGUCAAGCAGCUGCUAGCUCCACUAUUGGUUUGUUCUGUAUAAAAGGCACUCACCCAGAGGUGGAAAGACUGCAGGAUCUGCAGGAAGGGCUACAGUGUGAUGAUGUGCAAGUCCAGAUCAAGAUUUCUUCUAAAAUAGCAAAGAUUGUCAGUAAACUAAUCCCAACUGAAGAAAUUCUAAUGUUCCUGGAGGAAACCCUGGAUGGUCUGGAGAGCCUUAACCCCACCUGUACACAUGCCUGUGGCAUAUGGAUGAUCACGGUCCUGAAGGAGCAGGGAGCUGCUUUGGAAGAACAGCUGUUGGAGAUCUUGAGCAUGAUUUAUCAUCACAUGCCAGUCCUCAGACAAAAGGAGGAAAGCUUUCAGUUUAUGCUGGAAGCCAUCUCUCAGAUAGCCAGCUUUCACAUGGAUGCAGUUGUUGCCAACCUUUUACAGAAGCCUCUGCCCUUCGACAGGGACACAAAGACACUGUGGAAAGCUCUGGCUGAGAACACAGCCUCCAGUGGGAAGCUCUUGAGAGCCCUAACAGACAAACUUGAGAAUGAAUUAGAAGAUGACCUAGCCGGGGUGGAGGCGAUUGCAGUGGCCUGUGCUAUGUAUGAAGUGGUCUCAACAGGCACCCCUGUCACCAACUUGUACCCAGAGGUGUUCACUCUUCUCCUGAAGCUGGUCAGCUGCACCCUGGGUCAGAAAAUGUCCACUGCCACCUGGAGCCGCAGGCGACGGGUGUUGCAGCAGGGAGAACAGCAGCAGACAGCAGACCCCUGCAGGCUCUCGACGGCAACCCUGAAGUGUGUGCAAGCCCAAGCCAUGAAAGAGGGCCUUGCCAAGGAAUCUGAUGAGGGGGACAACUUAUGGGCCCUCCUGAGCAGUCCUAGCACCCACCACGUAGGAGUGUGUGCACUGGCCAGGAGCAUGGCCGUGUGGCAAUAUGGACUCACACUGGACAUCAUGGAGCAACUGUUCUCCUCUCUCACCUCCUCCUCGGAGAACUACCGGAUAACCGGCACAGCCUUCUUCUCUGAGCUCAUGAAGGAGCCCAUCCUUUGGAAACAUGGGAAUCUACGGGAAGUGCUGAUCCUCAUGGACCAGAGUGCCUGGGACUCCAAUGCCACUUUGAGGCAAAUGGCCAUCCGAGGACUUGGUAAUACAGCUUCUGGAGCCCCUCACAAGGUGAAGAAGCAUAAGCAGAUAAUAUUAGAAUCUAUCAUCAGAGGCCUGUAUCACCUGGCCCGCACCGAAGUCGUCUGUGAAAGCUUGAAGGCUCUAAAAAAGAUCCUGGAGCUGCUCACAGACCGAGACGUGAGCUUCUACUUCAAAGAGAUAGUGCUGCAAACAAGAACCUUCUUUGAAGACGAGCAGGAUGAUGUGAGACUGACUGCCAUCUUCUUAUUUGAGAAUCUGGCAUCCCUAACAGGAAGAAGGUGGAAGAUUUUUUUUGCGGAAGAAAUAAAAAAGAGCAUGAUUUCAUUCCUUCUCCACCUCUGGGAUCCUAAUCCCAAGAUUGGAGCCGCUUGCUGUGACGUCCUGAUCAUCUGCAUCCCUUUUCUGGGUCUUCAGGAACUCUAUGGGGUGUUAGAUCAUCUCCUUGAUGGUCAGGAUCUACCACGGGCCAGGGAUUUCUACAGGCAAUUCUGUGUGAAACUGGCAAGGAAAAACCAGGAAAUCCUGUGGAUCCUCCACACCCACUCAUUCACCUUCUUCAGCAGCAAUUGGGAGAUGAUCCGGAGUGCUGCAGUCAAGCUCACAGAUGCCAUCGUCCUCAAUUUGACCAACCGAUAUAUGCAGUUAUUAGACAAAGAACAACUGACCACACGGCUCCAGGCACUUCGGCAAGACCCCUGUAUCAGUGUCCAGAGAGCAGCUGAAGCUGCCUUGCAGACCCUCCUGAGAAAGUGUAAAGAGACAAGCAUCCUUCUGUAAGCCACAAGGAAAUAAAGUGCUAGACUUUUUCUA